AUGGCGUUAACCUUUGGGCAGCCAAGUGCUGGCACUGGUCAGCUAGCUUGGACACGUCCGUAUGAGUCUGCCAUGGAAGCAUUUGCGAAGGCACAGUCACAGCUGGAAGCGCAACUUGCUAAGAAACCUCGAGAUCCUGACGCCGUCAAAUUUUUUGAAGGGAAGCUGGAAGAUGCACGGAAGGACAAGGAGUUUGCGCAGACAAUGCUUCAGCAAUGCCAGGCAGCACCUCGCUCCGAAGACAUCCUGACCCAGAUCGAGAAGUUGCUUGAAAAGAAGCUUGAGCACAGCAAUGAGAAGCUUGAAAUGAAGCUUGAGCACAGCAGUGAGAAGCUUGAAAAGAAGCUUGAGCCUCUCUGGGAAGCCAUGUUCGUGCCCGUUGCCAAGAGUGUUCGCACAGUAGAGACUGACGUGGAAGUGCGUCAAGCCUGUGUUGAGCAUCAUGGCAAGGUGAAGGAAUGUUUGAUUCUCCGACAUCUGCACGGGAAAAGUGCCAAGUAA